AUGACUUCGCACGGACCACGCGAAUAUGAUCAUCUUUUCAAGCUUCUUAUAAUCGGAGAUAGCGGUGUCGGGAAGAGCAGUUUGCUUCUACGUUUUGCCGACAACACAUUUACAGAAAACUACAUUACCACCAUUGGCGUUGACUUCAAAAUUCGAACGGUCGAUGUCGAUGGACAACGGGUGAAACUUCAAAUAUGGGAUACAGCUGGCCAAGAACGUUUCCGGACUAUUACAUCAACUUAUUAUCGUGGCACUCACGGAGUGAUCGUCGUUUAUGAUGUGACUUCCGGAGAAUCUUUUGGAAACGUUAAACGAUGGCUUCACGAGAUUGACUCGAAUUGUGAGAAUGUGCAAAAGAUUCUUGUUGGUAACAAAUGUGAGGAUUCAUCAAAACGAAUCGUGUUGGAAAGCGACGCUCGACAAUUUGCGGAAACGAUGAAUAUUCGAUUUUUCGAAACCAGUGCCAAAGAUAAUCGAAAUGUUGAAGAGAUGUUCUCUUGUAUCACCCGUCUCGUUCUCGAAGCGAAACUGAGACAACCGUCGAGCAAUCCUUCAGCACAAAGUGGCCGCGGUAUUAACCUCAACGAGCGCUCGAAUGGAAACGGAAAGAAGAAAUGCAAAUGCGGCCAUGUACUAUUUAAUUAUCGACUAGCUGAAACAUUGAGUUAUCUGGGACAUAAUGUCACCUUAUGGACCCAAAUGGAAAUGGCCAUGCUGGACACGGGCAACAAUCUACUUCCACCCGGAGUUCUCGAGUAUCGCACAAAUAUUCAUUUCAGUGAUUCCCUCAAAUUAGAAGGGCUCAAGGUCUUUCAAUCGAUGAUGUUCUCUGCUGGUGAUGCAUAUGAUUUGUGGUGGACUGGGCAAGAGUUUCGAUCAAUGCGUCUUGAAGCCUGUCAACAAAUGCUGACUGAAUCAGCAGACAAGUUUGAUAGGCUUAAAAAAGAGGAUUUCGAUUUGGCAAUCGGUCAUUUUCACGAUCUCUGUCCAUUGGCAAUUGCUCGAAAAGCAAAUGUUCAAAAAAUGGUUUGGAUCACUCACGGGACAUCGGUUUAUGAUUUUGCCGGAGUACAACUUGGUCUCCGCACUCAGCCAUCAGCCGUCCCACAUCCACUUUCAAAUGCCGGUUUUUCGUUGAGCUUCUGGGAUAGAAUUCAAAAUGCUCUCUGGCAUGCCUCAUUGCUCGAUUUCGUAAAUCUCCCCGAAAAUCUUUUAAGCGAAGAGAAUGAAAUGUACAAGCGACUCGUCGACUCGGAUGAGCCGGAUCUCUGGGAACUUUCACAAUGCGUAUCGGCAUUGCUUAUCAAUGGAGAGCGCUUGCUCGAUUUCCCUCGUCCGCUUCCGAUUCACAUUGCUUUCAGCGUGAAAUCAGCUUCUCUGGGCGCUGAAAUCGAGGAGAUUUUGAGGAAACCAAGUAAAGGAACAAUCUUGUUUUCUCUUGGCACUGUUUCCAACACAACCAACAUGCCAGAGAUUAUGAUUAAAAGUUUCGCCAACGCAUUCGCUCGUCUCACCGACUAUACAAUUCUUUGGAGAAUGGAAAAGAAGAUUCCCGGAAUCGAGAAGCACUCAAACGUUCAUCUAUUGAAAUGGUUACCACAAAAGAUGUUAAUGGCUCAUGAAUCGACUCGUUUACUGAUCGCACACGGUGGAUACAAUUCCCUUCUCGAAACAGCUCAAGCCGGUGUUCCAGCAGUGUUAAUGCCGCUUUUUGCCGAUCAGAAAAUUAAUGCUCAACGGGCACAGCGUUACGGAAUCGCACGAGUGCUCGAUAAAUUGAGUCUAUCGCCGGAAAAAGUCGAAGAGGCUAUUCGUGAUGUAUUGGAAAAUAAACAUUAUACAACUUCGGCUCGUCGUUUAUCAGCCAUGCUUCGAGAUAAGCCUGAUAGUACAAGUCCAAACAAUCAGCUUGCUUACAUUUUGAGGCUUGCAAUGAGACCGCGAGGUUAUUACACCCUUCAAGGAGCACAAAAGAAAGAUUUUCUCAGUUUUUAUAAUUUUGACAUUUUCAUGAUUCCAUUGUUGCUCACUUUUCUCUUUGUUGUAAAGCAG